AUGACAAUCACGCCACUCUACACCUCGCCCCUCCUCCAUCACGCCCUAAUCGAACUCCCCGCCUCCCUCCAAUUCCUCCUCCUCCCCUCCCGCCAACUCUCCCACCAUACCCCACACGCCCACGCCAUCAUCCGCCAGUACGCCCUCCUACUCUUCUGCAGCGUGCUCGUCGCUUUGGCGUUGGCGCUCAGCCCGCCGACCACUCCAAUCGCUCAAUUACUGCACGGACGGCUUGUGUGCGCGCUGGGUUUGUAUCAUGUCGGUCCGGUGCUCAGGUCUGGAGCAAGGGUGCUUGAAGGGUGGAAACGGAGGGGCACGGGUGGAUGGGGAGGGAAGGAAGUCGAGGCGGGAAUCUAUGUUGUGUUGCAUUUGAUUAUUGGUGGGAGGAUGUUUGCGGAUGGUCUGCGGUCGUUGAGGGUGUGA